CUGUAACCACGACCCAUUCCGUGAUAAGACAUGGGUUUGAAGUUAUCUCCCGAGUUAUCGUUGUUCAACCUCUCAGUAACCCCCCACGCCAAUUUGUUCCCCCAGUCGGGAACGGAUAGGAAUAGCAAUCAUUCAUGGGAACCGUAAAAACGAUAUUAGGGAGUCGCUGCGAUCCUCAUCAUAUCAAUAUUACUUCGCUUCGAUUUGAUAACGACUCGGUAUAAGAGUCUCCAUGAUCGAGAUAGAGUAGGACUAUAUUAAUACGACAGUUGUGGAAUUCGGUAUUUCAUCUCAAAUUUCCUUCUCCAUCCGAAGUCGGUAACCGGCCUCAUCAUACCAGUAAUAUCGCCAGACCUGAUCUCUCUGUACCUACGUAAUUGCGAUGGGUUUCUUCGCGCGCAUGUCGGACAAGAGCCAACAGAGUGAAUCCACCGAGCACGGAGCGGAAUCGCCAGCAACGGAGACAACUCCCCACGAUGUAAUAGUCAUCUCCUCCAAGGCCAAUGAGAAGUUCUACUUCUGGAACCGGCCGGGCACGUCGGAAGAGGAAAGAAAACUCGUCCAGAAGCUCGACCUCACCGUUCUGGUCUUCUGCUGCUUGACCUUUUUCGCCAAGGAUCUCGACCGCAACAACAUUAAUAAUGCCUACGUCUCCGGCAUGAAGGAGGACCUGAACUUAUAUGGCAAUGAACUCAACUGGAUGGUAACCUGGUUCCAGAUCGGAUACAUCGUUGGUCAGAUCCCGUCGCAGAUCCUGCUCACCAGGAUCUCCCCGCGAUGGUAUCUCCCGGCUGCCGAAUUUCUCUGGGCCUUCUUCGUGCUUUUCCUGCACAAGUGCCAGACUCCCGAACAGAUUUAUGCCCUGAGGUUCUGCGUUGGCUUCGCCGAAGCUGCUAGCUGGCCUGGUCUGCACUUCAUGAUCGGAACCUGGUAUCGCAACCACGAAAUCAACAAGAGGAGCGGCAUAUUUACGGCUUCCGGAAUUGCCGCCACCAUGUUCUCCGGUUACAUACAAGCCGGCAUCUACCAGACGAUAGACGGCCAUCUGGGAAUAAGAGGAUGGAGAUGGCUUUUCAUUAUUGACUUCCUCAUUACUUGCCCUAUGGUCGCUAUCGGGCUUGUCAUUAUCCCCAACCCCUUAUUCGAGAAGAGCACUUGGUGGAUGACGGAGAGGGAGCGCCAGAUGUGUAUGAAGCGGCUAGAGGCCGAUAAUCGCAAGCCUCUUGGCCACUUUGACCGGUCCCUUUUCAAACGUUUGCUUGGGAGGUGGCAUUUCUGGAUCCUGUGCACAUGGUUUUAUCUCAUGUACUUCGUCUACCAAGCGCCGACAACUUCUACCAUGGCGCUAUGGUUGAAGGCCGAGAAGUAUUCGGUACCGGAUGUCAACAACUUGCCUACCGUCUAUUCCGCCAUUUCGAUCGCUUUUAUGUUGUUCUCUGGAACCUAUAACGACUGGAGAAACUCUCAAUUGGAGAGCGUCGUCUUGAUCUGCAUACUCCAGAUCAUCUCGGAAUCCAUGUUAGUUGCUUGGGAUCUGAGCAAGCCGGCCAUCUUUUUCGCGUUUUAUAUCGCCGGCACGGUUCAGUCACUCUUCCCGAUCAUCGUCAGCUGGACACACAUGGUCUGCUCCGCGGAUGCUGAAGAGAGAGCUAUCGUUAUCGGCGCGCUGAACUCGAUCGGGUUGGCUCAGGGGACUUGGUGGAAUCAGGUAUUUGUCCCGACCGUUGAAGCGCCUCGCUUUCACCGGGGUUACCGUGCCGGCCUUGCCGCAUCGCUAGCACUAGCGGCUUGGUUACCAGUCGUCGUUUGGUUUACCCGGAGACAACAGAGGCAGGAGAGGAAGAACGCAACGAUCAGCGGCCAAGCUAUCGAGAGCUCCAUCCAUGACGCUGAGGAAGGAACAGCAUCGCUGAACAAGCAAGGUGCUUCACCUAACCUGGCUGAGCACAAAAAGGAGGAGGCAGGAAUUACCGCCUAGGAGUCUAUAGCCCUGAAGGAGGUCCUAUAUUUACACUGAUGUCAGCGUAGGUGAAGCCUACAGAGGAGUUCCAUAUAGGAAAAGGACGACAGUAAUGCGUAAAUUAAUAUGUAUCUUUUUAAUUUGCUCAGUUUGGAGCCUCUUCACGGAUGCACAUCAGUUUUGUUCGAUUCGAUAACCUAAAGCUGAUACGUA